AGAGUGCAGAAGCUCUGCGUCCCUGAGCUCCAAGCUUCUCUGUCCACCCCCGUGCUGCUUAGCUGAGGCCCCUUGAGGAGGGUCAGACUCCCACAUGGAGUCAUAGCCCCUAGGCUGGGGUUCUGAGCAAUCCGGAUGGUAGGAUUCCAUCUGAUGAGCCUGACCAACCUGUCUGAAAAUGUGGAUGGUAUGACAGAACCUUUGGAUGUUAAGGAUUGUAAGAUCCUCUCAGCCACCCACAAGUAACGGGAAUUUGCUGUAAGAAUACACAUUGCUUUAAAAGAGACGGGAUCCUGGGGAAAACUAAGAGCCAGGCCUCCGAGAGAUCCAAACUGGACAGGCAUUUGGGAUCCACGGCAGCUCUAGGCCUGGGCCGUGCUCCUUCCCCCCCGGCAGAGUGAGUUUGUAGAUCUGACUCUAGCACUCUUCAGUUUGUGUGGCUGAAGGCCCUUCUUUGCUGAUUGCAUAUUAGUCCUCUCAUCGCCCACCCCAUGUAGCUUUCUUCUGCCUUGGGCUUCUGCCUCUAUGUAGCUGCCGAAUCCUCCUAACAUUGACUCUGGAAGCACCUCAUUCCCUCCAACCUUAUGCGCUGUCUCCAUACAUCCUGCCAGCCUCACCUCCCAUUACCAAACUCCUGAUUUUCCAUUUGUAUUUCCCAUUUCAGAUUCUACAUACAUAGAAACAGAGGUUUCACAUGCUUACCUAGGAAUGCUCCUUGACAAGAUAAUCUCCUCAGACAUAAGCCCGGUCACAGAAAAGUCUCUCUAAGGUCAGCAGUUUCUAGAGUGACGAAGUGAGAAUUCGAUUCUUAUCUGUUCACAGACUCUACAAAUCUCAAAACACCUUCCUGAAGAACACACUGGGGGAUAAAUACAAAAAACCUCAUGGAUUUAGCCAUAGAUCAUAUAUAUUUUGAAUUGUCACUCUUUCACUCAACAAAUAAAUAUCUCCUAUGUGCCAAAUCAUGAGCUAGAAGUUGGAACAGCACAUUGCAUAGAGAACUUGGUCCCUAGCCUGAGGGAUUCAGAAUCUUGGGCACCAUCAUUUCUGUUUUCAUCAUUGUUGUCAUCAGUGUGUUUUGAGACAUUCUUAUUUUGAUCUCCUUUGAUUUUUAUAUAUUAUGAUUAUUUCCAAUAUGAUUUUAAAAUAAGAAUUUUAUACUUAUGGAAAAAUAUAUUUCAUCUAAUUUGAAAAAUAAGGAAACAGUGCUUUGCUUUCCCUAGCCUGCCUUCUCAUUUACUGUAAGAUAAUAAUUUUUCUUUUUCAGGGUUCAUUUUGAUUUUUUGCAAAGGAUUUAGCAAUGAAAUACAAAAAUCUCAGGUAUUUUCAUUAAGCUAAUUUUUUACUUUCCUCACAUAUAGGCUAUAUGCUUUAUUUAAUAUCUUUAUUCUUUACAUUAAAUUAAAAUUGUUUUUAAAAUGACUGUAUUUCUAUUGCUGUUUUGACAUUUCAUUGAUCAAUAUUUCUCUAAAGAUAUUAACUUUCUCUAGGAUGCAGAGAAACUCAUAGAACUUACACCAAAAUUUCUACUGAAUGAAUUUCCCCACCUUCUUGGUGAUUGUACACCUGCCUUCCUUAUAAGGAGAACAAGGAAGUAAAUCAUGUUGAAGUUGCUUUUAAACACAGCUUUUCUGCUUUACCUGUCCAGGUAGCCUCUGUUUUCAUUUCAGUCUUAAUGAAAACUUUCUAACUUACAUCUCAAGUUUCUUUUCAAAGCAGUGUAAGUAGUAUUUAAAAUGUUAUACUUCAAGAAAGAAAGACUUUAACGAUAUUCAGCUUUGGUCUUGUAACGCUGAAGGUAAUUCAUUUUUUAAUCGGUCUGCACAGCAAGAACUGAAACGAAUGGGGAUUGAACUGCUUUGCCUGUUCUUUCUAUUUCUAGGAAGGAAUGAUCACGUACAAGGUGGCUGUGCCCUGGAAGGUGCAGAAACCUGUGAAGACUGCCUGCUUAUUGGACCUCAGUGUGCCUGGUGUGCUCAGGAGAAUUUUACCCGUCCAUCUGGAGUUGGCGAAAGGUGUGAUACCCCAGCAAACCUUUUAGCUAAAGGAUGUCAAUUAAACUUCAUCGAAAACCCUGUCUCCCAAGUAGAAAUACUUAAAAAUAAGCCUCUCAGUGUAGGCAGACAGAAAAAUAGUUCUGACAUUGUUCAGAUUGCACCUCAAAGCUUGAUCCUUAAGUUGAGACCAGGUGGUGCGCAGACUCUGCAGGUGCAUGUCCGCCAGACUGAGGACUACCCGGUGGAUUUGUAUUACCUCAUGGACCUCUCUGCCUCCAUGGAUGAUGACCUCAACACAAUCAAGGAGCUGGGCUCCCGGCUUUCCAAAGAGAUGUCUAAAUUAACCAGCAACUUUAGACUGGGCUUUGGAUCUUUUGUAGAAAAACCUGUAUCCCCUUUUGUGAAAACAACACCGGAAGAAAUUGCCAACCCUUGCAGUAGUAUUCCAUACUUCUGUUUACCUACAUUUGGAUUCAAGCAUAUUUUGCCAUUGACAAAUGAUGCUGAAAGAUUCAAUGAAAUUGUGAAGAAUCAGAAAAUUUCUGCUAAUAUUGACACACCUGAAGGUGGAUUUGAUGCAAUUAUGCAAGCUGCUGUGUGUAAGGAAAAAAUUGGCUGGCGGAAUGACUCCCUCCACCUCCUGGUCUUUGUGAGUGAUGCUGAUUCUCAUUUUGGAAUGGACAGCAAACUAGCAGGCAUCGUCAUUCCUAAUGACGGGCUCUGUCACUUGGACAGCAAGAAUGAAUACUCCAUGUCAACUGUCUUGGAAUAUCCAACAAUUGGACAACUCAUUGAUAAACUGGUACAAAACAAUGUGUUAUUGAUCUUCGCUGUAACCCAAGAACAAGUUCAUUUAUAUGAGAAUUACGCAAAACUUAUUCCUGGAGCUACAGUAGGGCUACUUCAGAAGGACUCCGGAAACAUUCUCCAGCUGAUCAUCUCAGCUUAUGAAGAACUGCGGUCUGAGGUGGAACUGGAAGUAUUAGGAGACACUGAAGGACUCAACUUGUCAUUUACAGCCAUCUGUAACAACGGUACCCUCUUCCAACACCAAAAGAAAUGCUCUCACAUGAAAGUGGGAGACACAGCUUCCUUCAACGUGACUGUGAAUAUCCCAAACUGCGAGAGAAGAAGCAGGCACAUUAUCAUAAAGCCUGUGGGGCUGGGGGACGCCCUGGAAUUACUUGUCAGUCCAGAAUGCAACUGCGACUGUCAGAAAGAAGUGGAAGUGAACAGCUCCAAAUGUCACCAUGGGAACGGCUCCUUCCAGUGUGGGGUGUGUGCCUGCCACCCUGGCCACAUGGGGCCUCGCUGUGAGUGUGGCGAGGACAUACUGAGCACAGAUUCCUGCAAGGAGGCCCCAGAUCAUCCCUCCUGCAGCGGAAGGGGUGACUGCUACUGUGGGCAGUGUAUCUGCCACUUGUCUCCCUAUGGAAACAUUUAUGGGCCUUAUUGCCAGUGUGACAAUUUCUCCUGCAUGAGACACAAAGGGCUGCUCUGCGGAGGUAACGGCGACUGUGACUGUGGUGAAUGUGUGUGCAGGAGUGGCUGGACUGGCGAGUACUGCAACUGCACCACCAGCACGGACUCCUGCAUCUCUGAAGACGGAGUGCUCUGCAGUGGGCGCGGGGACUGUGUUUGUGGCAAGUGUGUUUGCACAAACCCUGGAGCCUCAGGACCAACCUGUGAACGAUGUCCUACCUGUGGUGACCCCUGUAACUCUAAACGGAGCUGCAUUGAAUGCCACCUGUCAGCAGCUGGCCAAGCCCAAGAAGAAUGUGUGGACAAGUGCAAACUAGCUGGUGCGACCAUCAGUGAAGAAGAAGAUUUCUCAAAGGAUGGUUCUGUUUCCUGCUCUCUGCAAGGAGAAAAUGAAUGUCUUAUUACAUUCCUAAUAACUACAGAUAAUGAGGGGAAAACCAUCAUUCACAGUAUCAAUGAAAAAGAUUGUCCGAAGCCUCCAAACAUUCCCAUGAUCAUGUUAGGGGUUUCCCUGGCUAUUCUUCUCAUCGGGGUUGUCCUACUGUGCAUCUGGAAGCUACUGGUGUCAUUUCAUGAUCGUAAAGAAGUUGCCAAAUUUGAAGCAGAACGAUCAAAAGCCAAGUGGCAAACGGGAACCAAUCCACUCUACAGAGGCUCCACAAGUACUUUUAAAAAUGUAACUUAUAAACACAGGGAAAAACAAAAGGUAGACCUUUCCACAGAUUGCUAGAACUACUUUAUGCAUGAAAAAAGUCUGUUUCACUGAUAUGAAAUGUUAAUGCACUAUUUAAUUUUUUUCUCUUUGUUGCUUCAAAAUGAGGUUGGUUUAAGAUAAUAAUAGGACAUUUGCAGAUAAGUCAUCCUCUACAUGAAGGUGAGAGACUGUUGGCAGGUUCAAAAUAAUCAAGAAAAGAAAUAUCCUUAGCAAAGAGAUGACUUUGAGGAUCAUUUGAGGAAUAGUAACUCUGUUGCAUUAAUGCUUCAAAAAAUCAUCAAAAUGAUUCAUAGGGGCCUGAUUUGCAUUUGAAAAAUGUUUGAAAUUAGAAUCUCAUUUGUUUCAGGAAUGCAGCUACCUGAGUCACAAAGCCCAUAUACUCACAUUGUGUGUCUAUACUUGCCAAUUAAUUCUAAACUUGUAGGAAAUAUGCCCUCUCUUAAAGGAGAAUUUUUUAAAAAAUCUCUGAGAAAUGAGAUUCUGAGUUUACUUCAGCUAAAAGGUUGCAAUUCUUCUGAAGAUAUCUCAAAUAUAAGGUUGAACAUUAAGUGUUAAUAAUUUUUGUGAAUUUAUACACACCUAAGCGUUAAGUACACAAAUAUUUUAUUUGUUUUACAAAUGAGGAAUAAGUAAUUUAUAAAUUAAGAAGUUACCUAUAAAAAUAAAAAGAUAACAACCCUAUCAUAUAGCUUAUUUUUAAAUUACCUGAAAAACGAUAUUCUACACUGUUUCCUUUUUGACUCUGAGUUUUCAAACUGUUACUUCUCCCAUAUUUCUCAAUCCAUUUCACUCAGUUGCACAGUCUUUUAAACCCUGUAAUUGUCAUACCAAAGUUUCUUUUUUAAAAAAAAUUACUUUAAAUGUUUAGUUUAUUCAAAGAGUGAUCCAAUAAUAUAAAAGGAACAUGUGUUAAACACAAUAAAAUUUUAAAUGGCUCUAAAUCAAGCACAUCGAGAGUAUACAAGUCUUAAAGGCUUUUUAAUACAUACUCUUUUCCCAUCUAUGUAACCCAACUUGCACAUUGCAGCUGCAUGUGGUGAAUAUGCAUCAUAUAUUUACUUUAAGAGGUAAGAUUUUACUUGCAAAAUACAUGUGCAAAUUAGGGAUCCAUCAGUUGAUGGAGGAGAUGGACUCUAGAAUAUUAUUUCUUGUGGUUAUUACUCCUUUACAAAGCACUUUCAUCUCACUUGAUCCUCAUAAGGAAACUAAGGCUCAGAAUGAGUAGAGCUGGGUUCAGAAUCUCGCUCUUCUAACUCCAAGCCAUCUCCUCUUUCUACUGCAGGAAACUGCCUCUUUUGUCAGUGAAGUAAUAGAAAGAUUGUGUUAGUUAAGCAAUAACUAUUAUUUGUUUGAAAAUGUACGAGACUAAACAAAUAGCAUUUAAACUGCCGGCAUACAGAUGAGAUAUUGUACUUUUGCGCAAUGUUUAUUACCUUUGAUUAAAUUGUAAUGUGAAGCUUUUACUAGGUGAAUAGUUCAUUAUGUAGUGGAGGCUUUGUGGUUGUCCAUUGAAUUGUCACAGCAAAAUCUAUAAGUUUCUUCUAUUCUACAAGAUAGAUCCAUAUACAUUUGAUCACUUGGAGACUCUUUUUUUUGCUGGUUUCCAGAUAACUCAGGUAAAUCAGACCUUUACGGAGUACAGGGCUAGGUGAAAGAAUUACUAAACAAUCACCUUGAAAAUCCGAAGGGCUGAUAUACCCUUUAUGUUCCUGACUGAUGCACAGAACCUGGGGAAAAUCUACAGCAAUAUACAGGUUGCAAUGCUGAUAACACAACAGCAAUCCUCUCCUCUAUGUGGACUUACUGUUGUAUUUUUUUAUUAUUAUUGGAAUGGGAUUUUAGAAAAUAGAAGUUACCUUUGUGUGUGUUUUAGGGAAGGUAGAGAAGAAUCUGCUCUUUCUCUGAAUACUGUUUUGACCCCAGGCAGGACCUUGGAAAGGCCAAAACAUUAACAGUAGUACUUCUGUUCACUGAAGAGUUAUGUUACAUGAAGAUAAAAUGGUUUGGUUGUGUUUAUUAUUAUAUUUUGUGUUGAUGUAAAUAAACAUGGUAAUUUAA